AGUGAGGCCCCAGAAGUGCCACCUGUCAGUGCUCAUCAGUGCCAGUGCCCAUCAGUGCCACAUCAAUGCCACCUAUCAAUGCCAAUCAGUGCCGCCUAUCAGUGCCAGUCAGUGCCAGUCAGUGCCGCCUAUCAGUGCCAGUCAGUGCCGCCUAACAGUGCCAGUCAGUGCUGCCUAACAGUGCCAGUCAGUGCCGCCUAUCAGUGUCAUGUAUCAGUGUCAUGUAUCAGUGCUGCCUUUCAGUGCCAAUCAGUGCAACCUACCAGUGCCUCCUCAUCAGUG